CUAUGUCCACUGUCCACACUAUUUCUUGUCACUCUCACGCGAAAACUAGACGGAAAAUUUUUCUCUUUUCAUUUUCGAUGCGAACAGAACAAAAUAUAGAAAUUUAGAUUCCGAACUAAAAACAAUGAAUUCCCCUGAGUCCAAUCGGGUCGCCGCCAUGUCAUCACCCAGUUCCUCCAACAAGUCUUCGCCUGUGCAAGAAUCACCAUUCUUCAAUUUCCUUAGCAAUCUCUCCCCUAUAAAGUCAGUUAAGGCAGUACGUUAUACACAAAGGUUUUUGGAAUCUAAUUUUCCAACCCCACUGCCCGUGUUUACAUCACCUCGCAUAGAUCUGCAGAGAAAGACUGGUCUUCUGGAAAGAAACAAUAUAGUUGAAGAAGAUUCAAAUAUUCGUGAACAGUGUAAUACCCAGUUGAAUGUUGCACAAAUUCCUAGCUUGGAGAAGCAAGUCCAAUCAUGCAGUCCUUCAUGGAGCAUUGACGAAUAUCUGGCAGAGAUCGUGGAGGUGGACUGUACACAUUCAGCACAUAAACAGUUGCAAUUAGCCAAUGAAGUGUCUCAAAUGUUACAGGGUGGUUUCACUGACCCCAAAGAAACCAUAAGAAAAUUUGACACUGUGGAUAGCAGGAGCAGUAGAGAGGCUAGAACUCUGACAUCAUCUGAUCAAGCCGAACAGAAUUUACCUUUAACUUCACUUAAUUUGGUUGAUGAUGUAGUUGAUUUGAGGAAUGAUGAAAGUUUUAUUGUGUUCCUAAAGAUUACAUCUGAAGAUAUCAAUGACAUUGUUGAUUCUGAUGUGAAUAUAAACCCUGCUUUAGGAGCGCAACAAUAUGAACAAUAUGCAGCUCAGAUUGGCGAGGCGUUUGAAGAUUCUGAUGACAGUUCAAGAGCAUUACCAAAAGAAUUUGUGAAGGAGGCCAAUCAUCACCAACGUGGUAUACGUAGACAUCUUCAUUUUGAAGCUGCUUUAGCCUGCAAGAGUGUAGCUACUGGAAAAACAACCAAUUCAAGGGCUAGCCUAACAAAUUUGAAAACUCUGGGUUUGUCUCAUGUUGAAAGUAGAGCAACCUCCAGUGGUGGGGAGGCAGUCAACUAUGCUCAGUCCAGGGCUUCCAAGUCCUCUUUCAGCCCCUUUGAAGUGGUGAGAUCUACUCAAAAUAGCAGGAAUCCUGUAAUCUUGUCCCCCAUUCCAUCUGGUAUGGGGUUAGAUCUAAAUAGCACUGUCAGAUCUGUGUCCUUGGGUACGGAUAUGUUUGCAAGUAAGAACUUAACCAGGUAUAGAAGUUCACAAGAUAAGGUAGUGCAUGGGAGGAGCAAUGAUUCAGCAGAAGACCCAAAUAGUACCUCAAUUUCAGCUGUAGCUGGGACUAUGUAUUCUUAUGCAGAUAUAGAUCAGCAGGAAAGUCAAGCUGGUGUGGCAGCCAGUUCUGACACCUACCCAAUCAACAGUCUGAAUCCCCCAUGUGAUUCUCCUUUGGCACAAACUGAGCAGCAGGUUAUUCCAUGUGAGGGGAGAAUAUCUACUCCACAAAAUGCUGACAGUGUUGAGGAGUUGAACCAAGAGAGCUCCAAUAAGAAAAGGAAGAGGCCAUCAAACACAAGUGAGAGUCAUGGCUGCAAACGUUGCAAUUGUAAGAGGUCCAAAUGCUUAAAACUUUAUUGUGAGUGCUUUGGGGCUGGUGUUUAUUGUGUGGAUUCUUGCGCUUGCGUAAACUGCUUUAACAAGCCUGAAUAUGAGGACACAGUUCUUGAUAUACGACAGCAAAUCGAAUCUCGUAAUCCUCUUGCAUUCGCUCCAAAGGAAGCAGGGAACCAGAAUACUCCAUCAUCAGCCAGGCACAAAAGAGGAUGCAAUUGUAAAAAAUCAAAGUGUCUUAAAAAAUAUUGUGAAUGCUACCAGGCUAAUGUUGGAUGCUCUGAUGGAUGUCGAUGUGAGGGUUGUCAAAAUUCUUUUGGAACAAGUUCAGAUGGGGCCGCUUGCAAGAGGUUCAAUCGACUAAUGGACUUGAGGUAAAUGAAAGCCCACUUCACUCCUUAGUAGUAGUAAAAACGGACCGAGCUCUAACACCAUGCAUGGUACUCAUGGACUCACUAAUAAUGGUUUGCACUUUCUUUCUUAUUUCUGUGCACCCUCAAGACUCAAAGUUCGGAUUAUAUGGGAUGAUGAUUUGGAUUGAGAUAUUCUAACCAGGACCCAACCCAAUAAAUAAAGGGCAUGUCUCAAAAUUUCAA